CAUAAACAUAAUAAUUUCUAAGCUCCGUCCCAGUUCGGACCCCACUGUUUGAAACUGAGACGCAAACCACAAUUUUUAUUAAGUUUGAUUCGUUGCUUCUGAUCAUCGAUAUCUAUCGAUCGAUUAAUCGAUCCUUCAUUCAUUGGUUUGCCCAAUCGAAUUGCGUUUCUUCUUUUACCAUCAUCACUGUUCAUCUACUCCACUUUUUCCCCAAUUCCGCAGUCCCCACCCAAGCCCUGAUCCCUCCCUCAACUGCGCCUCAAAUUUUACCUAUUGUUCUUUCUGUAUUAAUGGAUGAAACUUGGAAGUUUCGGCACCGCAAGCGUUGGAUCCCGCCGCUCUUCUCAUCAAAGAAGACGCUCCUGACGCUCCUAUGGACCGUGGGAUUCCUCCUGAUCCUUCUAUGGCAGAGCUCAGCCGUCGAUCGCGUUCUGGCUCUCCGGCGAGCGACCAUACUCCCGAGGCCGAUUCCGAAGCUCCGGCCGGUGGCCUUCGAUUUGGGCGACUUCGGUGGGGUGGGUGAUGGCGUCACUGUGAAUACCGAGGCAUUCGAGAGGGCGGUAUCGGAGAUCAGAAAGAGAGGUGGUGGGCAGCUUAAUGUCCAGAGGGGGACUUGGCUCUCUGCGCCUUUCAAUCUAACGAGCCACAUGACUUUGUUCGUUGCCGAAGAUGCUGUUAUACUCGCAAUCGAUGAUGAGAAGUAUUGGCCACUGAUGUCUCCUUUGCCAUCAUAUGGAAGUGGAAGAGAGCAUCCUGGACCUCGUUAUGGAAGUUUCAUUCAUGGUCAAAAUCUCAAGGAUGUUGUUAUAACAGGGCAUAAUGGUACAAUAAAUGGGCAAGGUCAAACAUGGUGGGAGAAGCAUCGCAAGAAACUUCUUAAUCACACCAGGGGCCCACUUGUGCAAAUCAUGUGGUCAAGGGACAUUCAGAUUUCCGACAUAACUUUCCGUGAUUCUCCUUUCUGGACACUCCACCCUUAUGACUGCAAUAAUGUCACUAUUAGAAAUGUAACUGUCCUGGCUCCAUUGUCUGGGGCCCCUAACACUGAUGGAAUAGAUCCUGAUUCAUGUGAGAAUGUGGUCAUAGAGGACUGUUAUAUCAGCGUCGGAGAUGAUGGAGUUGCAAUAAAGAGUGGCUGGGAUCAGUAUGGGAUUGUUUAUGGUCGCCCUUCUACCAAUAUUCUCAUUCGUAAUCUCAUUGUGCGAUCGACAGUAAGUGCUGGAAUAUCGAUUGGCAGUGAAAUGUCUGGUGGAGUCUCAGCUGUCACAGUUGAAAAUCUCCAUGUGUGGGAUUCAAAAAGGGCUGUCCGGAUCAAGACCAGCGCUGGCAGAGGUGGCUACAUCCGUGAUAUAAUGUACCAGAACCUGACUUUUGACAAUGUUCGGGUAGGUGUUGUGAUAAAAACUGACUACAAUGAACACCCAGAUGAAGGCUAUGAUCCCAAAGCUCUUCCAAUCGUAGAAAAUAUAAGUUUCACAGGGAUACAUGGUCAGGGAGUUCGUAUUCCAGUCCGCAUCUAUGGUAGCCAAGAAAUUCCUGUUAAGAAUGUCACUUUCCGGGACAUGUCUGUGGGAAUAACAUACAAGAAGAAGCAUAUAUUUCAGUGCUCCUUUGUACAAGGCCGUGUGAUAGGAAGAAUCUUCCCUGCUCCUUGUGAGAAUUUAGAUAUUUAUGAUGAACAAGGACGGCUGGUUAAGCAGUCAACACAGGAGAAUAGUCCUGACAUUGAUGAUGAAUCCUGAGAAGGGGAAUUCAGAUGUUAGUGGGAUUUUCUGUGGGCUGCAUUGAUAGCUUGCAUUUGCAACAUGCCGAGGUACCAUGAAGAGGAAAAACCAGUGGAGAUAUAGCAUAGCCCUUCGUAUGCUGGUAAUCAGAAAUUACCCUUUCACCAGAACACGCUAGACUUGGAAUACUUGGUCAAUGUGGCUCACAUUUUUAUUUAUUCAAUAUUUUUCUGGAAGGUUGAGUUGGUGACAGAGAUCAACCCAUAAUGAUGAUAUGACUAAACCCAAUUGUUCUUGCCUUGGCCUCUCAAGUGGAAAGGGGGAAGAUCAUAUAAGCAUACGCAAGCAGUUUAAGUGGCCUUACCUCCGAGCGAAAUUCCUUCUCAACAACACCUACGGUUGCACCGGGAUGGCGCGCUCCUACUAGCAUGAAUGCUGCUAUCCAUAUGAGUUUCUCCAGCAUCUGCUUCUGAAAUGCUUCCUUGUCAAGAACCUGGUAUACAUGAUCAAUAGACUAAUCGAUUUAGAAGAGGGCUGUUUUCUGCAAUGAAGAAAAAAUUUACCCCUACUUCAGUUAUUGCAGAUCUCAAGAGUGACAUUAAAGCUCUGACCUACAUGAAUUCUAACUUUUCAGUCAUUUCUAUCUAUGGCUUUAUCUUCUAUAAAGCUCUUACAACUCACAGUGACAUACAUUAACGAGACAAAAUUGUUCUUUCAUUGUCUACCUUGCAGGAGAGGCCCCCGGCAUGUAAUCUUGCUGCCACUGCAGAUGCCCAUUUUCCAUAAGCCGCCGUCAACCCUUCUGGAUUAGUAUCUGUUUUCCCAUCAAUAGGAGGCUCACCAAGCUUUGACACAGCAAAGUAUGCCAAAACCUGGUCUGCAUCACCCAAACCUUUGCUCUGAAACCAUGGGUCCAGCAUUCCAUUCUGGAAGAAAACCAAAUCUGCUACAUUGUUAAAAUUCAUCAGAAACAUGGUUUUGGGGAAAUGGACUAAAUUUAUAUGGGUAAAGUUACCAACAAAAAUACCCCUAACUUUCAUCUUGUUUUUAAUUCUAAACUUAAACUUUCAAUUUUAGCAAUUGGAAUAUCUAACUUUUUGUUUAGUCUCAAUUCUAGACAGCUAUUAUAUUUUAUCAUUAGAUGAUUGUCGACAACCUAUGUUGAAUGACUUGAUCCAGCUGAGAACCUUGGCAGAUAAAACUUUACCCCUCAACUUGCUACCUAAUGGGCUAAAUUCAUAUUAGUUGGGUUGGAUCCAUAUUAUAACAUCACCCAACCCGACUGGAUUCUCGGGUCUACGGGACAUUGAGCACCCCAAGGUCAAUGUAUGAUUGAUAGAGAGGUGGGUGAAUAAUCAAUCGGGUGGGUGAGGGAUUACCGCUCCGGCGGGAAGGAGGAGUGGAGUCGAGGACGGCGUCGAGAUCGUCAUUCCUUGUGCAUACCAAGAUGGGGCCGGCGAAAUCCAGCGGAACGGGCUCGCCCCGCUUCACCAGCACAUCCUCGCCGUUGCCCAUCUCCUGCAGGGCCCGGCCCACCCGGCCCCCGCCGACUAUGACGGCAGGCGUUACCUUGACGGUGGCGGUGGCCGCCAUGGGUGCUGCUGCCGAUGCUUUCCUACUGAACUUAAAAAAGGCGGACCCAAUUCGAAAUCUUGAAGAAGUGGGUUUGGUACGGUGGUGGCAAAGAGAAGAGGAGCUAGUAGUUGUAGUAACUGUUGUCGCCGUUGCCAUGGCUGCCGCCGCCGCCGCCGCCGCCGUUUUGAGAAAGCCACCAAACCCUCUG